CGGGGCGUUAGGCCGGAAGCCACGCAGGGCCACGUCUGCGGGCUGCCAGAGCGCUGGUGUGGGGCGGACGCGGUGGCGGCGGUGGCCUCUCGGUGCGUGGAGGUGGCGAAGACCCGCUUGCUCUUGGCGGAGCCAUGGAUUUGGAGGCUGUUACAAAACACUCAGCGUUCCAUGCCAAGCCCAGUGGACUAACUCUUCAGUAUGGGACUGCUGGAUUUCGAACAACUGCAGCGCAUCUUGAUCACAUCAUGUUUCGAAUGGGAUUGUUAGCUGUCCUGAGGUCAAAGCACACACGUUCCACGAUAGGAGUCAUGGUCACAGCCUCACACAAUCCUGAGGAAGACAAUGGUGUGAAGCUGAUCGAUCCUUUGGGGGAAAUGUUGGCCCCUUCCUGGGAGGAGCACGCUACCUGUCUGGCCAAUGCUGAGGAGCAGGAUAUCCUGAGAGUGCUUACUGACAUCAGCGAGAAAGAAUCUGUGGAUCUGCAGCAAGAUGCCUUCAUAGUUCUUGGUAGAGACACCAGGCCCAGCAGUGAGAAACUUUCUCAGUCUGUAAUAGAUGGUGUGACUGUCUUAGGAGGUCAGUUCCAUGAUUACAGCCUGUUAACCACACCUCAGCUGCACUACAUGGUGUACUGUCGGAAUACUGGUGGCCAGUAUGGAAAGGCAACCAUAGAGGGCUACUGCCAGAAACUCUCAAAGGCUUUUAUGGAGCUUAUCAAACAGGCUUCCUGCAGUGGUGAUGAGAACAGAUCUGUUAAGGUGGACUGUGCGAACGGCAUAGGAGCCCUGAAGCUCAAAGAAAUGCAGCGCUACUUCUCCCAGGGACUGUCCCUGCAGCUGUUCAAUGAUGGGACCAGAGGGAAGCUCAAUCACCUGUGCGGAGCUGACUUUGUGAAAACCCACCAGAAACUGCCACAGGGAAUGGAAAUAAAGUCCAAUGAAAGAUGCUGCUCCUUCGAUGGAGAUGCAGACAGAAUCGUGUAUUUCUACUGUGAUGCGGGCGGUCACCUUCAUCUCAUAGAUGGAGACAAGAUAGCAACGUUGGUUAGCAGUUUCCUAAAAGAGCUCCUGUUGGAGGUUGGAGAGAGUUUGAAUAUUGGUGUUGUACAAACUGCAUAUGCAAAUGGAAGCUCCACACGGUACCUGGAGGAAGUUAUGAAGGUACCUGUUUACUGCACCAAAACUGGUGUUAAACAUUUGCACCACAAGGCACAGGAGUUUGACAUUGGAGUUUACUUUGAAGCAAAUGGACAUGGCACAGCACUGUUUAGUAAAGCGGUUGAAGUGAAGAUAAAACAACUAGCAGAGUUAGAAGACGAGAAAGGGAAAGCUGCCAAGAUGCUUGCAAACAUCAUCAACUUGUUCAACCAGGCAGCUGGUGAUGCAAUUUCUGACAUGCUGGUGAUUGAGGCCAUCUUGGUUCUGAAGGGCCUGACUGUGCAGCAGUGGGAUGCUCUUUACACUGAUCUCCCAAACAGACAACUCAAAGUUAAGGUUGCAGACAGGAGAGUUAUUAGCACCACAGAUGCUGAAAGACAAGCAGUUACACCACCCGGACUCCAAGAGGCCAUCAACGACCUAGUGAAGAAGUACAAGCUUGCUCGAGCUUUUGUCCGGCCCUCUGGUACAGAAGAUGUCGUCCGAGUGUAUGCAGAAGCAGACUCACAAGAAAAUGCAGACAGCCUUGCAUAUGAAGUGAGCUUGGCAGUAUAUCAGCUGGCUGGAGGAAUUGGAGAAAGACCCCAAUCAUCUUUCUGAAGAUAAUUCUUGUACUCUGGGAAACUGGAUUUCUAAAAUGGUUUUUAUCAAACUGCUGACAAUACUGGCAGUACCAAGACAUGUGUGAUCAUAGCUUACAGUGAUUAUUUCUAGAUCUGUUUAUCUUAAACACUACCAGAAAAAUUCUUUACAAACUGAUAAACCUUAUACCUGGUAAAGAAGCUAACCUCUAAUUUUAAUCUAUAAGUCCGAAUAUUUAGUCUGUCAUUAAUUUUAUAGUGUAUACAGGGAAUAAUUCAUGCAGGGUGCGAGGAAAUUAAAUUUUCUUACCAACUAA